CUGAUCGAUCCAGCUAGCUUUGCACAUCAUGGUCAGCAACACGGGCACCACCAGCAGCAGCAGCACCAGCAACAGCAACUGGGGCGCCGCUCUGUGUCUGUUGGUCUCCAGCCGGGGCCGGCAUGGCGGCCUGCAGCCCAUAGAACUCAUUCUGCGGUGGCUGAGAGCAGAACUCGCGAUGCUCGUCCACAAACCUACACACACACACACAUCCGAUGUCACACACACAGACACACACACACACACGGAUGGAUGGAUUGCACCUCCUGCUGGUAGCUCACGUGUGUUUGUCCCUGGCGAAUCGUGCGGCCCGGCUGUGGAGUGCGUCUGCGAGGAAGGUGAAGCGGCGCCGCUUGAAGGUGCAGAGCGAUAUGUCCACACCGGCAGGGUAAGUCCUCCUCUGCUUGGACGCCUGGUGGGCGCCUUCCUUGGCAGCGGUGCGUGUGGUGCCGUCGGUGCGCCACUCGUAGCCGUGAGCGAGCGAGAAGCGCCACAGCCCCCUCACCGUCUCAAACCACUCAUCUGAACCACACACACACACAGAUCAACACACACACAGAUCAACACACUCACAGAGAGAGAGAGUGGGUAUCGAUAUCGGCUGCUGACCAAGGCUGGUGGCCGUGUCCGUGAGGCGUUUGUUGAGCAGCCGCAGCAGAGAUGGCGCCUCGUAAAUGACACUGUCCAACACGUAAUACGUCUGCACCACACACACACACGCAGAGAGAGACCGCAGCACACCACCACCAGUGGUGAGGCAGGCACCCACGAGUGAUUCAGUCGGUCAGUGAAUGUACGUUUGUCGGGUGCGUGACGUUGGCCUUUCGCGUCAGUUUGGCGAUGAUCCAGAGGUCUGAGAAGGUGAUGAGCCCCCGCUGCUGCAGCUCCUCCGUGGGAAUCGACUGCACCACACGAUACUCGACGCCAUCCAAAUCACUGCAAACACACACACGCAAGCAAACACACUCGCAUGAGUCACAGCGGUUGUCUCGCCGCUGUCUGCCUGUCCGUUUGACUCACUCAGGCACCUCUUCGCCUCGCCGCAGCCGCUCGUUCAGCGCCGACGAGUCGUAAAAUGGCGAACCGUAGAAAUCUGCACUCAGACAAGAAAGCACACAUCAUUCACUCAUUGCUUGUCUGUCUGUCUGUCAGUGCCGUGGAUGAGCACAUUGCAUGAUAUUGGUGUUGUCCAGCGGGUUGUCGCGCAGAAAGUCCUCAUCGCGAUGGGCACGGAACCGUGGGUCGUCUAAGCUCUCCAU